CCCGUGUCACAUUGUCCAACAUGGCUGCGUCCGUGGUCGGGAUCUGCAGUCAUGCUCUGCGGCGUGGGUGUCUCAGACGAGCACGCCCCGACCCGACCCGACGGUCCCGGUUCCACGGCUCCCCGCCCGCGCACGCAGACCUGCUGCAGGCCCUGCACCAGCGCGGCGUCCUCAAGGACUCCUUCCCGGAGGACGCGGCGCAGAGCCGGCUCCCGGCGCUGCUGCGCUCCGGCCCGCAGACCGUGUACUGCGGCUUCGACCCCACGGCCGACAGCCUCCACGUGGGCAACCUGCUGGCCCUGGUGGGGCUGCUGCACUUCCGCGGCCACGGCCACCACGUGGUGGCGCUGCUCGGCGGGGCCACGGCGCGCGUAGGAGACCCGAGCGGCAGGACGCGGGAGCGCGCACCCUUGAGCGCGGCCGCCGUGGAGCGGAACACGCGCAGCAUCCGGGAGAGCAUCCACAGGGUGUUCGCCAACCACGAGCUGCACUUCCACGGCAGCAGCAGGCCGCUGGGCACCGCCACGGUGCUGGACAACAGCAGCUGGUACCGCGGCUGGACCGUGGUGGACUUCCUCUGCGAGGCGGGGACACACUUCAGGAUGGGCACCAUGCUGAGCCGCAGCAGCGUGCAGGCGCGCAUGCGCGCCGCCGACGGCAUGAGCCUCACAGAGUUCACCUACCAGGUGUUCCAGGCCCACGACUUCCACCACCUCAACCAGGUGUACGGCUGCAAGAUCCAGCUCGGAGGCACCGACCAGCUGGGCAACCUGAUGUCUGGCCAUGAGUACAUCCACAAAGUGAGCGGUGAGGAGGUGUACGGCCUGACCAUCCCGCUGGUGACCAGCUCUGUCGGGGACAAACUGGGGAAGACUGCCGGCAAUGCCGUGUGGCUCAACAGGGACAAGACGUCCCCCUUCGAACUUUACCAGUACUUCCUCCGGCAGCCCGAUGCCAGUGUGGAGGGGUACCUGAAGUUGUUCACCUUUCUGCCUCUGGCAGAAGUGGAAGCGCUGAUGGAGCAGCAGAGAGAGGAUCCAAGUAAACGCCUCGCACACAAGCGGCUGGCUGCAGAGGUGACCAAGCUGGUGCAUGGAAAAGAAGGCCUCGACAGUGCCAAGAGAUGUACCAACGCGCUGUAUCACAACAGUGUGCAAGCUCUGGAGGAAAUGAGUGAUGAUGAGCUUCAGGAGCUCUUCAGGGAGGCUCCCUUCCACGAGCUGCUGUGGGAGCCCGGGACCACCGUGGUGGACGCCUGCCGCAUGGUGGACGCCAUCCCUGACGGAUCCCGGGGGUAUCAGAUGGUUUCAGACGGAGCCGUGUGGAUGAACCACAAGCGGGCGGACAACCCAGAGCAGGUGCUGAUCCCCAAAGUGCACAUCCUGACCAACGGGCUCACUCUGCUCAGAGUGGGCAAGAGGAACUUCCACAUCAUCAAGUGGCUCAGUCUCUGAGGGUUGUGGAUCGAAACACGGGGCCCAGUAACGAUCACGGACGGACAGGAAAGGUAGGCGACUAAACCUCAGCAGGGUCAGUGGAGCAGCUUUGAUGGACUCGCGUGUUACUCGUUAUUUAGUGUUUCCUGAACCCCUCAGGGAUUUCCUGAGGUGGUCAUAUAAAUAUGUACAUGUACAGAUGUGAUGCUAUGGUAUUAAAAAUGAUUUGAUUAAAAAACAGAUCGCUUCCUGCUGCCUUUGUACUGCACUGUAGAGGUUUGGUAAAGUGGACACUAGAGGGCGUCCUUGUCUUCACGGUGGUCCAGAGUCAACCUCAGCUGCACCGCAUAUCCUGCCGUGACCCCUUGAAGUAAAUAAUUGCUCACAGUAAACUAAAAAUUGCAUCAUUUCAGACGAAAAGCCUUUGGUUUUAUUCAACCAUCCAUUUUUAGUUAUUUUAUUUAUUU